AUGUCACCACGUCUCAAAAUAUCAAAAUAUGUGAUUGAGAGGUUGUUAAAGACUGAAACAUAUGAGACUACAGGAUGUUUGUACGGUCUCAUGUACGAUGGAACUUUGCUUGUCAUUGGGUUCAGUUUAGAAUAUUUUGAAAAUGAGAAGAAAACAUACAGUCAACUACUUCUGAAUCUACCUGCUGAGGUUGAGCUUUGUGGUGUAGUAAAAUUUUGUGAUACAACAACUUUAGAUUCCAAACCUAAAGAAAUUCUUCAAGAUGUUGAUAUAACAGAUAAUCCAUUGUUUUUAAUAAUUGAUAAGGAUAAGGAAAUAAAAGCUCAUUUUUUGAUUCAUGAGAAGUUUGAGGAAACAAGUUAUGAUGUAUUUGAAAAUGAAGAUAUCUGGAAACAAUUUUUACAUAUCCGAUUAAAUACAAUACUUCCAUUGUCAUGUGAAGCUACUCUAUUUGGUGUCAAAAAUGUACUUCAAAGUAAAAGGAAAAAGAUAGCUUCAGGACAGGUAUCAUUUCAAAUAAAUGACAGUACCGUAUAUCUGUUUGGUAUUGCAUCUGGUGUAGGAGUAACUGGCACAAGUACUGAGGCAAAUAUAGGGGAUCUUGUGGAUUCAUGGAACCCAGAACAAAUGUCAAAAAAGAAGAAAUACAACAUAAAUAAUGUUGAACCAGUAUCCGUUAACUUAGUAAUGAAAGCAACAAAGGAUAUGUUAUCAGAUAAGCUUGUGAAAACUGCUGUUAAAAUGAUGACGACACAAAGGAAACCUGCAUUUUGUAUAAGUAUGCCGCUAAGAGUAGAUACAAUAGCAAUGGUUCAUCGAAACACAAAAUUAUCAGAGUUAUACAGUAUACUUGUUGAAGCAACAUGCAGAUCACUCAAGUUACUUGAAAGCGUUCUUAUAGAGCAGUUGGGGCAAGAGGGCAUUGGUGAUGGGGCAGGUUUGAGACUGCCGGAGACGUUCCACUAUUUAUCACCAGAAAUUGGCCAUUUCAUCACUCGGGUAGUUCCUAAAGGAAUACCUGAUGAGAGCAUGGAAAAAGAAAGAAUAGCGCUACACGAACAGUUGGAUUUACCACUUACUCGACCAAUGUUUAGGCGAGGGAACGCAUACAUAUUCAAUAGCCCUAAACUAAUCAACCCACACGAAGGUAUCGCACCACAGAAUCGAGGAAAAAUUGCUACCGUUCGCGGGAAAUACCUGUAUUGCCAUUAUAUGCAGGAUAAUUUCAAUGAUGAUGGAUGGGGCUGUGCUUAUCGUUCUAUGCAGACCAUAUUCUCUUGGUUUAAGUAUCAAGGAUACAAUACUCUAGAUGUGCCAACUCACAAAGAAAUCCAGCAGUGCCUUGUCAAAAUAGGGGAUAAGCCAUCCUCCUUUGUGGGUUCUAAGCAAUGGAUUGGCUCCACCGAGGUCAUGUUUUGUCUGGACACACUCAUUGGAGUACAAUCGAGAAUUAUUUUUGCAAAUACUGGGUCUGAACUGCUUACUUACACCCCGGAGUUGAUUCAUCAUUUCCAGCAACAUGGCAGUCCAAUUAUGAUAGGUGGAGGUGUCUUAGCCCAUACGAUUAUAGGUGUAGAAUAUAAUGAAGAGAAAAACGAGACUCGCUAUUUGAUCUUAGACCCGCAUUACACAGGCGCUGAUGACCUCCAAACCGUCUUAAGCAAAGGCUGGUGCGGGUGGAAGACAUCAGAUUUUUGGAACAAAACCGCACAUUAUAACCUAUGUCUCCCACAGACUAAACCUUGUGUAUAA